AUGGCGGUUGCGGCUCUAAGUCCCACCAAUAAAGUUGUUCUCUUUGAACAACUCCAGAGAGAGCCCCUGAACCAGGUCAAGGGGACUAACCAUGAAGGCCAAACACACCGUGUUGCCCAGAGCUCAGAGCAAAUCCUCAGUGCAGAGGCGACCUCUGCCGCGGCUUCGUCCGGUACCGGGUCUCUUGCUCCGGGAACAGAGCAAUCUGCCCCUGGCUACCUGAGGACAUGUGGAACCAGGUGGGAGGGGCUGUGUGGCGCAUGUGGUGCUGUGACUUCCCCUCUCUGAGCCUUGGACUUCUUGUCUGUGAAAUGGGAGUCUGCACUGACAGGAUGGUAGAGUUCGUUCUUUCUUAGCCCUGAAGGCCUAGGGUAUUUCACUGUUGGAGGUUCGGCAAACAACAGCAUGGCAACUCGAGAGGAUGAAACGGGGCUUCUUCAAAGGUCCAGUGUUUGGACCCCGACUCGAAACUAGUGGAGGAGGGUAACAGGGACCUACUCCAUAGCAGGCCGGGCGAGCCUAGCACUGUGCUUGGCAUACAGCACGUGCUCAAUCAGUACUUGCCGGAUGACUGAAUGCCUCAUGUCAGCAUCAGGAUGCCACCCAGGCCCUGAGGAGCCGGGGAGAUGGGAGGAAAGCUUUUGGAGUCCUGCCAUGCCUUACAUUAGCAGCAUCUUCUCUGAGUCCUGGCAGCCAGCCCCCUGGGAUGCCAUUUGA